AUGGCAGGAAACAAACCAGGAAAGCCUACCAGCAAGAGGAAGACUGUGCGCCUGCGCCAUAAGAUCGAGAAAGCUUCAGCGCAGAAGCAAAGGAAAUCUCGCAAGGAAGCAAAGCAAGUCCGUACCCACAAGCAAUCCCUCAAUCCAGAAUGGCGAUCAAAACUAAAGAAGGACCCCGGAAUCCCCAACCUCUUCCCCUACAAAGACAAAAUCCUCGCCGAGAUCGAAGAAUCGCGCCGUCGCAAAGUCGAGGAAGCUGCAAAGCGCAGAGCAGAUGCAAAAGCCACCAAGACCGGAGAGCAGGUUGAGCGAGAAGUAGAGGCGCGAAUGGAAGGCGUAGAUGAGGCGGAUAUUAUGGCCAUGGACGACGACGAGAUGGAUGAUGUAGACGAGGACGCAAACCCCAUGGCUGCACUCUUAGCCAGCGCGCGAGCCGGUGCGAAGCAAUGGGAGAAUGAACUCCAGGAUAGCGACGAGAUGGACGAGGAUGAUGAUUCAGACUCCGAAUCCGACGUUGACUUACCAGGCCUUGGGACACGCAAAGACGGCUCCCGCAAAGCCUUCGACAAAGUCUUCAAACAAGUCAUCGACCAAGCAGAUGUCAUCCUCUACGUCCUCGAUGCGCGAGACCCAGAAGGAACACGCUCCAAAGAUGUGGAACGCCAAGUCAUGGCAGCUGCGUCAGGUGGGAAGCGUCUGAUUCUCAUCCUGAACAAAAUCGAUCUUGUCCCUGCACUGGUUCUGAAGAAAUGGCUCAUCCAUCUUCGCCGAUACUUCCCUACACUCCCUCUCCGCGCAUCAGGACCAGCGCCUAACGCACAUACGUUCAACCACCGCAAACUCACCGUGCAAAGCACAUCCGCUACACUCUUCAAAGCACUAAAAUCAUUUGCAGCUGCCAAACAGCUCAAGCGUGCCGUCUCAGUCGGUGUCAUCGGUUACCCCAACGUAGGAAAAAGUUCCGUCAUCAACUCCCUAAAAGCCGGUCUCGGCGGACGAGGCCAAGACUCCUGUCCCGUGGGUGCCGAAGCAGGCGUAACGACCAGUCUACGAGAAGUAAAAAUCGACUCCAAGCUCAAGCUCCUCGACUCCCCCGGUAUCGUAUUCCCUUCUUCGGAAACCUCGUCUUCCAAGGCCUCGAAAGUCGAAGAACAAGCCCGUCUUGUACUACUCAAUGCCAUCCCGCCCAAGAUGAUCGAGGAUCCCGUCCCAGCCGUUACCCUGCUGCUGAAACGCCUUUCGGCAUCGGAGGAUAUGCUAAGCAAACUCCUCGCUGUAUAUGGUCUCCCUCCUCUAAUCACGACCAACGGUGACGCCACAACCGACUUCCUCGUCCAAGUCGCGCGGAAACGCGGCAGACUCGGUAAAGGCGGCGUACCUAACCUAGCCAGUGCUGCUACAACGGUCAUCACAGAUUGGAGAGAUGGCCGGAUUCAGGGCUGGAUGGACGCGCCUGUCUUGGCUGUUUCGACGAGUGCAGAUGCCGUGAUGGCGGACGAUGGCAAGCCGAUGGCGGACCAGAAGGAAAUUGUUACAGAGUGGGCCGCGGAGUUCAAGUUGGAGGGGCUUUGGGGUGAUGGGAAGAGCGAGGAGGUUGUUGAGGACGAGGAUACUAUGCUAGAGUAG